GGCCAGAGCCCAGGGGCCAGAAAAUGAGGAAGGCGCUCUUGAAAGCUUUCCAUGGGGCGGCAUUGCGCCACAAUGCCCUCUGCUUGGCCAGUUUGGGGCUUCAUUUGUUGUAAUUGUACUCCUUGAAGCACAAAUGCACCUCGCCCAGAGCUCAAUUGUACAAAAUGUGAGGGAUUGCGGGUUGAUUGAACUGGAACUGGUGGGUCAGCAGUGCCGGCGGCACAAUGCAGCAAUCACCAUCCGUGCUUCAAAUUAAGGCCGUACAUGUGUCACCUGAGUAAGUCAUCAGGCCAACGCUCAAUUCUGAAUUGGCAAUUGAGAGGGAUGCCCACACACACUCAAUUGAAACCUCCAAUGGGUAUGUGCAAGUUCUACCGGAGUCCUGUGACAUCAUUCAAAGAGCACUGUUGUCCAGCUAGCCCGGUGUCCUGCUGACGUAGGAAAGGACAUGGUUGAUGUAGCACUGACAAACAGCCUUUUGAGUCGAGAGAACUUGAUCAUUGGUUCAAUCAAAGUACACCGUCCGUCUACAUUUGUGCAACUCAGACAAUCAAAGUGCAUCAGCGCACAAGCCCUAGAUCAGUUGCACCGCCACCUUCGAGUAGCAUCUGCAUGGUGCACACCAAGUCCCUCAUUGCCCUUGCCUUUUUCGUGGCACUGCUUAGACUGCAUCGAGAAAAAGUUGCCACCUCCAACUGGCAGACUGCCAAUCUUAAGCAUAAGGGCGCAGUUGCGAGCACAGCCGUGUAGGCAUAGUGGUGGUAGUUGGACCGCCGGUCAAGGGAUGGCCGCAGUUACAGUACCGCCCAAGCUGCUGACGCUGCUUAUCGUCCACAAGCUGGGGAGGGUUCUUCUGGGAAGGAAGAAGCGGGGUUUUGGGGAAGGCUACUACAAUGGAUUCGGUGGCAAGGUCGAACCUGGCGAGACAAUCGAAGAGGCUGCAAUCAGAGAGAUGCGAGAAGAGGCCGGUGUAGAUCCGGUGGGGCUGGAGUGUCGAGGCCUCUUGACGUUCCACUUCGAUGAUCAGGAGCGGCCCUGGGAGGUACACGUGUACCAUGCGGCGGAUAUUCGAGGGGAGCCCUGUGAAACGGACGAGAUGGCUCCCGUUUGGUUUGCUGUUGACGAUAUCCCUUUUGAUCGAAUGUGGGCCGACGAUCCCCACUGGUAUCCCAUCUUCUUGCAAGGGAAGAAGUUUAAAGGCACCUUCCACUUUCAGAAUACGCAUACUAUGACCUCACAUGCAGUGCAGGUCCUAUGAAAGUGAGGUUGUUGACAGUUGCAAGUUGCCACAGUGAUUGCUUACGCAAGUUACUUGAAACCAAUCACUGCACGUGUGCUUGCGCAAUUAUUAAUCUCAAUCUCCGAUACAGAACGAUUGAAGGUAACCC